AUGAGCAACGAGAGGCAAGUGAUUGCGAAGCCAAACGAGUUCCAUUAUCGCAGCAACUUCCUCUACAACGCCGCCUGCUCGCUGUGCGCACAAUCAUCAGGAGACGAUGCGCUGGAGAGGCUGAGUAGACAUUAUGUGCGAGAAAUGAAGAAACUGUGCCUGGUGGAAAUGGUGCGACGGGAGAAGGAUUUUGCUCGUACGAUUUGCAGUCGUUGUGGGAAUAUUUUCAUGGCCCGGUGCAGUGGAGCUCAGUCCAUGUCCAUAAGGCUCAAUAAAAGGAAGCAGCUGGUACGAACUUGUUUAAAGUGUGGUUCAAAGAAGCGAUUUGUGACAAAUCGCGAGUACCUCUCCCGAAAUGAGCAACACCAACAAGAAAUGGCUAGAGAUUUGCAGAAAGAGAACGCAAAUAUCGACACCGAUGAACAGCAGAAGGCACCACCUACGAGCAGUAAAUCGAGUUAA